AGUUCAUCAGCAGGCGCUUUGCGUUGGUGCCGCGGGUUUUACUAGCGCAUAGCUUAGUAGUUUCUAAGAGCUGCAGAGCAAGUGAGACUGCUGGCCUACUUCCCGUGGAGCGUAAGUCCCCUCUGUCAGCAUCCUUGGUGCUACUGGAGACGUGCAUUUCCCAGGCGAAACACCCAUGGCACAGGCGUCUGCACCAACUGCACCGCGCGAUGCCGGGGCACCGUCCCCGGUGAAGGCAGGCACCGCGGUUCAACCGGAUGGCGUCGUCACAAGACGGAAAGAAAUUGCAAGCGAGAAUCGAACCAGGCCCAACCUAAAGGAUAUUGACGGACACCUACAGCUCGGAAAUCAUGCCUCGAGAGAAGGCUCCAAAAAGAAGCAGAAAGCAACCGUUAGGCCUCGUCAAGCGAACCAUGCCGCGGCGCGAAGGGUGCCUGGAUCCAACCCCGGCUACCCUGCGAAAAUGACCGUGGCCAGACCACUCGGUAACAGCGGUUCGGCAAGAAGGCGGCCCGGUGGUCAAGGCUUCUCGGCGUUCUUGGAACAAUGUAAGCGCCUGCUCGUGACCACGUCUUACCGAGGCUCGGUCAAGAACCCUCUAGACGCCCUUGGAGUCGUCUUCCUAUCGUUCCUGGCCGCAAGCUUCCCGCUCGAACGGUAUUUUCUCAGGCGCCAGAAGUCGUCCCGUGUUGGAGUCGGCAACGCCCCGGCGACCUCUCGGAAACCCAGGGUCACCGACGGCCACUCUCCCAUGUCUGACGCCAUUCUCUUGAGCGUCGACAAGGAGACUCGCCGGGCUCGCUGCACCACGGUCCAGUUGGGGCAGGCACGCCAAGCUGCAGCGGCAAAGGCCGCUGAGGCUGCGGCUAAGGCUUCUGACUGUACCGUCCACCACCCACAACCCGGACCGAAAGACAAGCCAGUCGAAGAGAUCGUUCCGGUUCUAACGUUUCCCCAAGCUGCGGACGUGUUCCAGCAUAUGGCAGACUUCCUGGGACCCGCCAUGCUGCAGGCCGCCAACAAGGGGACUGCUUGCGCCUCGGGGUCGGCGGACCGCCAGCAGCGCUGUCCUCGGUUCGGACGCGGCUUCCUGGCCAUUCGACAUGGUGCGUCCGUGUUCCAGACUGAAGAGUUGAAACCGCGUGGUUGCACCUUGUAUCAUCCGCUCACGAACGACAUGAUGAUCAACGUGCUCAACGUGGACCAGUUAAGCUUCGAAAGCGGCCAGUUCUUCUUGGCCGACGCCAAGGGCCUCUACAUCGGCGCCAAGAGCGGCCACGCCAUCCACUUCUGGAGGUACGGCAACGUAUCCAGAAAACUCUUUGUAUCUCAGUCCAUCCUAUUCUUAAAGGAGGAAGACUACAUCGGAGUCCUGCAACAGCUGGACUACAUCUAAGCACUGUGAGCGUCUAUCGCUCGUAGUCGUCACUGAAGAUACCUCUUAGCGGACGUUUAGCGAAGGGACUAGCUAGCUUUCUUCGUGGCAUGUUCAUGAUGCUGUGAAUAUUUGCAGCGACACGCGUGUACGGUACGUACGUACGAGCACUGAUUCAGGAUGAAACACAUCGAAGGCUGUACAUCUACUUGUAGUGCGGCGCGUCUGAUUUGUCGUCAUAAGUGCAAGAAAUCUUAGAAGCUUGAAAUUAACGACAGAGGUGGUUUCACACGUUUCUCUUUCCAUGGAAUGUAAUUUGUUGAAUAAAUUAACCGCUUGAUUAUAUAAA